AUGGAGAUUCACAGUCAUAGCCCGAGUUCUCAGGAAGAGCACUUGGCGGCCACUUUAGAGCCGGUUAAGCAUGCUUAUUUGUGUCUGUAUUUUACUCGUGAUAAUUUGUCGAUCCAGUAUAUCAGUGGGCUCAAGAGGUAUUUACUCCAGAUCGUUGAUAAAGUCACGACAUCAUUUAUCAUAAGUGUCGUUUUUGAAAAGGACGUUUUUGAGGAGUACGAGCUUGAUAGGAAUAUUAAAAGCAUCCAGAAUGUACUGAGUGGUUUGUAUACAAUCUUUGAGCCUGAGUAUUCCAAGAAUUAUGCACUAGUCCAUACAGAUAUUAUAUUGCCCCAAGUGUUUGAGACUCCCUUCAUUCCACCUGGAUAUGAGUUUGGAGCCUAUUUUUACGAUAAAAGUAUUGUUUCAGCUGAAGAUAUUGAGAAAAUAGUAUUUGAGUCUGAAGAAAAGUCCGAGAAAGUUGUUUUCAAUGAUAUCACCAAGAGUGCUGGGAUAGAUCUAGAAAUCGAGGAAAGUCAUUUAGAAGAUCAGGAAGUAUCACUGGUUAGCAAGCAAGAUGGGAAGUUUGAGAAAUCAAAGUAUAAAGUAUCCUGCCUUGGAGGUACAUUUGAUCAUCUCCAUCUGGGACACAAGCUCUUACUCACAAAUGCUUUGUUUUAUACUUCUGAAAGAGUGGUGAUUGGGAUAACUGGUAGUGAGUUAUUGGGUAAGAAGGCAUAUGCAGAACUUAUCCAGGAUUUCCCCUCGAGAAAAGCUCGAGUAGAGAGUUUCAUAAAUUUACUCACAAAUAAUAAGAUUAAGGCAGAUAUUUAUGAGCUGAAAGAUCCUUGAGGUCCUGCUGGUACAGUUGAAGAAAUUGAAUGCUUAAUUUUGACACCUGAAGUGGCCAAAGGAGGGGACUAUUGCAAUAAUAUUAGACAAGAGAAAGGCUUGACAACUCUAGAUUUGGUUUUAGUUGAUAUGGUCCUUGAUUCUAAAGAUGAUGAAGGCAGUAAUUUUAGUAACAAAACUAGUAGUAGUAAGAUCAGACAGUAUCUUGCUGAGAAAGCAGAGGCUUUAAAGGAAUAGUCCAGAGCUUAUUAAAACUUCCAUAAAACUGUUAGGU